UUGUCUCUUUUUUUUUUCUCCGACUAUCCCCAUCUCCUUUUACAUCAGCUUCCGCCGAAGAACAAAAACAACAAAUAGUUCGAGAAAGUCCGCAUUCGCCGAGCCCGGUCUGUGGGAGGGCGCUUUUAAUUAAGGGAAGCCAAUUGGAUUAAAUGGGUCAUGCACUGUCGAUGCUGAGGAUAUCGGAGACGAAAGUCCAAGGCAGCUCCGGGUAUGCUUGCUUAAGCUUUGAGAUCAAAGUAGCAAGCAGGGCCAACAAAGGGCCAACCAAGCCGUGCUUUUUGCGCCUUUGUAUUAGCACAUUCAAUACAGGGACAAUCUUUCAAUCUCGUGUGCUAACAUUUGUUGCCGGUUUCUACAGGGCCUACUCACAAACCCUCGAGCCCUCAAUUUCCUGCCGGCAAUGCCAAAGCCCGGACUUUGAGUCUUCGCCGCCUUCGUGUCCUGGGCUGGAAUAUCUUGACAUACCAGCUACAGGUGAUAUGAGGUUAGUUUUAUGUUUCCCUUGCCUACUAAGAAACGAAAAAGAAAAAAAAGAAAAGAAAAAAAAAAUGAGAAUAUUCUUGAUCAUCUCUGCACUUUUGUUGUCUUCGUUACCUUUAUGUUAUUUCAAUCUUAUUUCACUUUGCCUGUCUUAGAUCGCAUCAUAUCACUUUGUCAUCUCCAUCUUCGCACCUUAUCUCAACAGCAAUACUCGGGCACUUAUGGAGGUGUGCCGGCUGGACUACUCUCUGGUCCUACUGGCACACCCAUAUGACCUACCUACCUUACAAUCUGCACCUAACUGCUACUGCCUGUAAAUCCCUCUUACUAUAGGCGCGGAGAAGAGUUGCAUGGGUGGCUGUUGUAGCUACACAAAAUACCUGUGACUCUUCCGCUGUUCGC